AUGGCCGAGAUUCCGCCCGGGGAAGCGGCGCUCCCCGCGGCGUCGAAAAUCACGAUCGAUGAUGAGUCCGACGACACCGAAUCGGACACCACCCCCGCCGAGAUCAAGGCCAAGAUCGAGCGGGACGUCGACGAGCUCUUCAAGACCAAGACGGUGGAGGAGAUGGAAGAGAUCGAGAAGAAGUUGCGCGGGGACCUGGAGACGAUGGACGCGGAGAUCGCCCGGACCAUCGGCGGGUCGUGGAAGGAUUUCAUGGAAAACUCGAAGGACGUCGAUCUGAUCACGAGUAACCUCCAGGAGAUCGCCGACGGCUUCGCGGUCGUCAGGGACACCCUCGCGGAGCUGCCCGAGAUCAUCAGGAAGAACAACGAAGCCAUGGAGGCGCUCCGCGCGCCGCAGGAACCCGAGGAGUUCACGCCGGAGAUGGCCACGUUCGCCGCGGGGUCCCGGCUCAAGUACCUCGUGGACACCCCGGAGAAGGUGUGGGGCGCCCUGGACGAGCGCGAGUACGCGGGCGCCGCGAUGCGCUACGCCGCGUCGAGAGAUUGCGUCGCGGCGUGCGUAGAGACGUCGGAACCGCCGCACCUGACGCGCGACGAGGCACACAAGAAGUUCCCGGCCCUCAGGCAGCAACCCGCGGCGCUGGACUCGUUGAGGGGGCAGAUCGCGCGAGCGGCGCGGAAGGCGCUGGAGUCCCCAAAGGCGCCUCGCGAGACGCUCGCAUCCGCGCUCGCCGCGUCAAUCAUCGUCGAGGGUAUGAACGCGGAGCGCUCGCUCGUGCUGUACCUCCAGACGCGACGCGCGUGGUGCCGCGCCACCCUGAGGCGGUGCGGCGGCGACGGCGCGGGCGUCGAUCGCGUCGCGGGGGCGCUCGCGAGGGUGUUGGCGGAGCCCGCGCGCGCUAUCGCGUCGGCGCGAGCGUGUUUCCUCGGCGGCGAGUCACCGACCGGCGAGUCACCGACCGGUGAGUCACCGCCCCCGCCGCUCGUGUACGCGCGGCUUGACGAGGGAUGGGACGAGACCGACGUGGCGAACGUGCUGUUCGCUGGGGUGGUUGACCCGCGACGCGAGGUGGAGGCGUGGCGACGCGUCGUCGAAUCCGCCAAACCCGCGCGGCUGUCUCGCGCCCGUAUCGCGGCGCUGUGCGAGGAGUGGCUCGCCGGCGUCGCGUCGGACGUGCUCGUCGCGACGACGGAGAAGGGGUUCAUGGGGGGAAUACGAACCGUCGACGACCUCGUCUCGGUCGAGUCCGUCGCCAGGGCCAAACUCGCGGAAAAACGGUCGAGCGCGGAUGACGUCGCGGCGUGCGUCGAUUUGCUCGGUCGCGAAGUGGACGCGUGGGCGACGCUGGCGGAGGAACCGACCAGUCACCGCGCGAGGACACUCCUGUCCGCGACGCUUCGGCACGGGGGUUUACGAACGGCGGUGGACGCCGCGCUGCAGGCGGUGGCGCCCCCCGCGCCGCGAACGUCGGCGCUGUCGCCCCCGGCCGAGGCGGCGGCGAUGUGGGGCGGUGACUGGUCGGGCGGUGACUCACCGGGCAGUGACUGGUCGGGCGAGCAACCGCCGUCCAAGUCCCCGAGGAGCGCGCUCGACGGACCCGACCGCGGCGUUAAUGCCUCGAGGGACGUCGCGCCGGCGAACGUCGCGGCGGCGCGUGCGCUCGCUGGAAAGUUUGCCGCGGCGCUAGCCGCCGCGCGGGGCGACGCGCUCGCGAUUGGGACGCCCGGCGGGAGGCUCAAACUCAAACCCACAUUCUCAAUCUCAAACCCACAACGGGACGCGCCGAGGCUGGCGACGCUCGAGGCGUUCGUCCGCGGCGAGUGCCACGCGGGCGCGAUGGCCACGGCGGACUUUCUCUGGAAGCGUCUGGAAGCUUACGAGAAGGACGCGGCGGCUGGAGACGACGUCGCCGCGGAGCGAUGCCUCCUCGUCGCGCAGACGGCGCAGUUCGCGCGUCUCGCGCCCGAGGAGCUCGGGGCGCUGAUGGGGCCGGCGAGGGACUGGAACGCCGACGCGGUGGCGCUCGCGAAGCAGCGGCGGCGAGCCGCGAAAUCGUCCGCGAAAUCGAACAGGUUUCAACUGUUUGGAUCCACCAAUCAAAACGCGUCGGACAAAAACAACGCGGCGGAGGAUCCGAGGCUCGCCGAGUCGCUCGCGGCGCUCGCGCGCGUCGCUCAUCGCGGCUUUCGCGCCUGGGCCGAGCGCUUCGCGAGGACCGUCGGCGUGGAGCUCUCCCGGGCGCUGCCCCAGGACGAGCGGCUGGGAAGCCAGGAGGUUCCCCGCGACUGGGAAGAAGAGUCCGGCGGCGACGGCGGCGAGGUUUCGCUCCGGCUACCCGCCUUGCCGUCGCCGUACGCGCUCGGGUGCCUGCACGCCGCCUCGUCGGAGGCGCUGCGAUGCGGUGGGCAUCUCAUGUCCCAUGACGGGAUCGCCGCGCUCGUGAGGGCGACGGCGAAGGAGUGCGGCGGCGCUUACGCCGACUUUGUCCAAUCGGCGACGAGCACGUCGGACCGGCUAUCGGAGCGCGGGGUGCUGCAGGCGUUGUUCGACUUGAGGUUCGUGAUGGAGGUGCUGCUCGGGCCGGGAUGCAUGGGGGGUGGGCGGGGUAAGGCGGGUGGUAAGGUGGUUGGUGACGCGAACGACGAAGGGGACGCGCUGGUCGCGGCGCAGCGGGCGGAGAGGACGCUCGCCGCGAGGCUCGACCCCAUCGACUGGGCCACGUACGAGAGCUUCCUCUGGCGCAACGAGCGCAGGGCGUACUCGAGGUGCGCCACGCUCCUCGGAUUGCUCACGCAGUCGCACAGGGCGCCCGCGGGUGCCGAGAAGGUGCUGCCGGCGACGAGCUCGGACGCCAAAGCGACGACGCCCCCGCCGAGGUUCACCUACCUGCCCGUGUCCCUCCCCGCGGCGAGGGGCAAAGGGGGCGGGAAGGGCGACGGGAACGUCGGGGCGGUGGAUUGGUCCCUCGCGGGCUUCGACAGGUUCGGCGAGCCGGACGAGACUCGCGGCGCGGGGGACGAGGGCGGUCUGCUCGGAAAGAUCGGGCAGGGACUCGGCGGGUGGGUCAGGGGCGUCGUUUGA